GCUGUGCACAUCUCCCCACUCCAGCCACCUUCUCCAUACCCAUCUUUUAUUUCCUUUUUCCACUUGGCUGAGCCAUCCAGAGCCUUUUCAAUGUAUAAAAUGGAAUAUUCUUACCUCAAUUCCUCUGCCUACGAGUCCUGUAUGGCUGGGAUGGACACCUCGAGCCUGGCUUCAGCCUAUGCUGACUUCAGUUCCUGCAGCCAGGCCAGUGGCUUCCAGUAUAACCCGAUAAGGACCACUUUCGGGGCCACGUCCGGCUGCCCGUCCCUCACGCCGGGAUCCUGCAGCCUCGGCACCCUCAGGGACCACCAGAGCAGCCCCUACGCCGCAGUUCCGUACAAACUCUUCACGGACCACGGCGGCCUCAACGAGAAGCGCAAGCAGAGGCGCAUCCGCACCACCUUCACCAGCGCGCAGCUCAAAGAGCUGGAGAGGGUGUUCGCCGAGACGCACUACCCUGACAUCUACACCCGGGAGGAGCUGGCCCUGAAGAUCGACCUCACCGAGGCGCGAGUCCAGGUGUGGUUCCAGAACCAUGAGGAAGCUGAGGCGACAGGGAAGUUAACUUGUUCAAGAGCCCUGGGCGUGAGUGAUGAGCAUCUAAAUAUGGCUUGA